AUGACCUUGCUGGGCACGUCUAGCGAUCCCUCCGGUGGAGAGAUCAUCCGGGACAGACAACCGCCCCUCCCCUUGUCGCUGUCUUCUGCGUCGGGCCUGAAAAAGCGAGCCAUCCCUCGCAGGCGGCGCACGCUUCGGGCCUGUGUACCGUGUCGGGACCGAAAGAGCAGAUGCGACGGGGCCACGCCGAGAUGCAAGCCGUGCACCCAAACCAACACCGCCUGUUCCUACGUUCGGUCCAAACGCGAGAAUCAGCAGUGGCAGCUGCAGUCGAUGCGCCAGAGGAUCCACACCUACGAGGACCUACUCCGGGAGAUCCUCACUGACAGCAACGGCCAAGAUCGCCGCUCUAUUGAAGAUAUCGUUGAGAAACGGUUUCCAGAGGCCCUGGAUGCCUUCGCCUCGCUGCUCACGACGGGCUCCCUUCCCGACCAGCAUGUCUCCCUGCCCUACCCCGGACUCUCGCUGCGUCGGAUGCAAAUGGCAUUGGCGUCCCAGCGAGACCCCACGAAGGUCCAGCUGCUUCGCAAAGACCCCACGGUGCGCGUUAGUCAAGUGCAUGCGUGGACCUCGCUGGUCGACAACGAAGUAGCGAGCCACCUCUUGUCCCUCUAUUUCACCUGGGAGAAUCCGACCUGGCACCUGAUCGAUCAGGACAUCUUUUCUUACAAUCUGACUCGCAUUACGGAUCGCCGCGACGAGAAAGGCCUAGGAGAAAAGCUGUAUGCGGAGAUUCAGCGUCUCUGGCUGCUGGAGCGCGAGACCAUCGCCCUCCCGACCGCUCAGUCGGGCAUCAUGAUCGGCCUUCUCUGCUGCACCUUUGGUAUCGAUCGGUUGGGCACGAGAUACAUCAUGCACGGAGCCAGGCUCUCGCGCCAGCUCGGCCUUCACCAGGAGUCCUCGACGUAUUUUCAAACCCGACCGGGCGAUCCGUCCCUCUCGAUGAUGAAGGCCCAUAAGAUGCUUGCCUGGGCCAUCUUUGACGUUCAGGCGUUGGCCUCCCAGGUCUAUCGAAAGACGCCCGCUUGGCCCCAACCGCCGUUGGUGAGGUUGUCGGAAGAGGAGGCCACGAUACUCGACGAGGGCAGAGAGUGGAGCCCGUAUCCCUUCCACACUCCGGUCCAUCUCCCGUUCUUCUACACGGCCGCCAGGAUCCGCAACGAGCUCGUCGCUGUCGUAAACGAGAUCGCCUCGUUUGCCCUCACCUUUCCCGACGCGGCUCGACGUCACGACGUAUGGAAUUAUGGCUACGUUCUCUAUCAUAAACUCGUGAUCUGGAAGGGCAACUUGCCAUGGGCCGUCAUGCCCCGACACAACACGACCCCUCAUGCUCUGUGCCUUCACUUUUACUACCAAGCAACGCUUGUAUCGCUGUGCGGAAUCUAUCUGACCAAUUUCGAUUCCGUUCCCCCGGAUGCUCGGUGGGACCCCCUGGCCGUCAAGGACCAGGCUAUGAAUACCAUAGGGUCCCUAGUACUUCUAUACCGUCACAACCACGGAUGGAAAUCGGUCCCGAUCGUGAUGCUGCAUUAUUUCUGUCUCGCCGGAGUCGACUCAAUCUCCAAGUUACAUCCCCAGGAACCCAAAUGGGGGCUUGUCCUGGAAAGUUGCGUCGUCGGCCUCUGGCACAUGAGUUUGGGUUGGGGUCGACUCUGCACGGCAUUCCUUCGCACGAUCGAGCUUGUAUUGAAAGCAACUCGCCCCGAGCCCUCUCUCGUUCCGCCCAAAGUGCAUGCCAUCUUCCAGCAGUUGAACAGCAGUCGAUGGACUACCAAGGAUGUUUCUUCGCUGGCCGCGGACUACAUAGUGCACCACGUUCCUAAUGCUGCAGGAACGCCGAGCAAUACCAAUGCCGGUCCUCGCGCCCAAACUCUGGAAAGUCUCAUUCUAUCGCUAGAAGGCUUGUCUACGUAG